UUGCCGUGUUUCAAUUCCUACGUUUCCCAUCGACGCUAACUGGGCGACGUUAGUAUGACGGACUUAAGUCAAUUGCCCUGUUUAUUGUCUGUUUUUAAAAACGGAAAGUGGGAUUGUAGCAAUGGGGUUUGCGAGCAUUGCAAGACGUUCCGUCAGUCCUGUAUUGACCCAUUUAAAAAGUAGUUUUCCAUCUACGUCAGCAAGUUUUCAGCAAACUCGACGUGGAGCUGCUAAAUGGUAUCCCGAUCCAGAAUUUAUGCAACAAUUCAGUGGACCGGUAAUGUACCCGGAUGAUGUUACUUCAUUAUGGAAAGUACCUCCGUGGAACAGUAAAGUUAUACCUGUCGAAAAGUCUGUUCGAAACCUGACCCUAAACUUUGGUCCGCAGCACCCUGCGGCACAUGGAGUACUUCGACUUGUUUUGGAGCUGGACGGAGAGACUGUGAUGCGUGCUGAUCCUCACAUCGGACUUCUUCAUCGAGGAACUGAGAAACUAAUAGAGUAUAAAACGUACACACAAGCGUUACCUUAUUUUGAUCGAUUAGACUACGUAUCAAUGAUGUGCAAUGAACAGUGUUACUCAUUGGCAGUCGAAAAACUUCUGAACAUUGAAGUACCACUUCGUGCCAAGUAUAUCCGAACCCUUUUUGCUGAAAUUACUAGAAUUCUCAAUCAUAUAAUGGCUGUGGGAACUCAUGCUCUGGAUGUUGGUGCUUUGACCCCCUUUUUUUGGCUUUUUGAGGAGCGAGAAAAGAUGAUGGAAUUCUAUGAACGCGUUUCUGGCGCCCGUAUGCAUGCUGCCUACAUCCGACCAGGAGGGGUUUCAUUAGAUAUCCCUCUUGGUUUGUUGGACGACAUUUAUGAAUUUUCUUCAAAGUUUUCCGAGCGCUUGGACGAAGUAGAGGAUGUUCUAACGACAAAUCGAAUUUGGGUGCAGAGAACCGAAGAUAUUGGUGUUGUGACUGCUGAGGAAGCUCUAAAUUUUGGAUUCAGCGGUGUCAUGCUUCGUGGCUCCGGAAUUAAAUGGGAUCUUCGUAAACAGCAACCUUACGAUGCAUAUGACUUGGUUGACUUUGAUGUACCUAUCGGAACAAAAGGUGACUGCUACGACCGAUACCUAUGCCGUGUUGAGGAAAUGCGUCAAUCCUUGCGAAUAAUUGAUCAAUGUCUGAAUAAAAUGCCUUCUGGAGAAAUUAAGGCGGAUGAUGUGAAAGUGGCCCCUCCAUCACGAUCCGAAAUGAAGACUUCAAUGGAAGCCCUUAUUCACCAUUUUAAGCUAUUUACCCAAGGUUACCAAGUGCCCCCAGGAGCUACCUAUACGGCGAUUGAAGCACCAAAAGGAGAAUUUGGAGUUUACAUUGUUUCAGAUGGCUCCAGCCGUCCAUAUCGCUGUAAAAUAAAGGCUCCUGGAUUUGCCCACUUGGCAGCGCUGGAGAAGAUCGGAAAACAACAUAUGUUAGCCGAUGUCGUGGCCAUUAUUGGCACAUUAGACGUCGUGUUUGGCGAGAUUGAUCGGUAAAAAAUUAAUAAAGUAUGGUUCUACUUCACUACUGUAAUGUAAUAUUUAUGGCUAUUAAAAGUUUUUUUCAGCCUGUAAUAAAAAAAGAUUUUAAUUUUUUUUUCAAAUCAUAAA